UUCUUCAUUGUGCGUAAACUAGUGAGCGUAUAUAUAUAUUAUGUUAAGGUGUGCCGACACAAGAAAAACAAUAUUUUUAUUUUCACUCUUCGCCCUUGUUUACACUAGGAGGUCUGUGUUCCUAAGACAUAAUUUUCAACGACCAAGACGACCUCAACUACGAUAUAUAGAGUUUAAUCCCGACCAGCCUCCGUUUUUAAAUCAAAGACCGAACACAUAUCAACAGGAGGUAUUUAAUCCUUCAACAUUAUUCAGCAGUUUUGAUACAACUAAGCGUGAUCAUCCUGCCAUCAACUCUCCUGGAUAUGUGUCGGAAGUGGAAGAGAUCUUCAACAACGUUAAUUCCCAAGCCAAAUAUCAAGAUGAUUUCCAAACCAAAUAUCAAGAUGAUUUCCAAACCAAAUAUCAAGAUGAUUUCUUCAGUACAAACACUGUAAACUUGUUUUUCGAACAACAUAAAUUCACGGAUCAUUCUGGGUCAGCACAUCCAGGUCAUUCUGGUUCCACGCAUCUAGGUCAUUCUAGGUCACCUUUUCAAGGUUCCUAUACAAGUGGUUCACCCUCGAACAGCAGACAAGUUAGCUCCCCCUCUAUAAGUGGUGGCUGCGUGACCGAUCAAGGAUUCCAGCCGGGCGGGUCAACCUGGACACUCCCAUCCUGUACAAUGGGUGUGUGCGCCAUCACACUUCAAGGAGAGUGGGAGGUGGAAGUAGAACGGUGUAGUAGUUUACUAGAGAACCCUCAGUAUCAGUGUAUAAUGAAGAUAGAUCCUACACUAUCCUAUCCAAACUGUUGUCCGAGACCUUCGCAAUGCCGAGAUAUCGGAGCGGUGAAAGUUCAAAUCUAAUUUAGCGUAUCUAACCGAUAUAAUAAACAAUGCAUUAAAUUAUAUAAAUUCUUUUAUAAUUUUCAGUAAUUUAUGAAUAAAAUUUACGGACGGUGAAAAUUUUGUUUGCUGAGAAAAAAUGUUGAUGUUUACUUUCUAAUAAAAUCUAUCAACGUAAGUAGAAAAAUCUCCGAUUUUUUAAAUACAAUUAAAAAUGGCGACUUAAACGCAAACAGAUAAAAGUGAAAAUUGCAAUUAAAAAGACUAGUUAUUUUUUAUCCUACAUUUGUGGUAAAUUUAAAUUAUAAUUAAUCAUUUUUUUUAUAAUUGCAAAAAUUAUCUUCAUAUGAAAAAACUAUAAGUAUACUAACAUCAACAUCAACAUCAACAUCAACAUCAACAUCAACAUCAACAUCAACAUCAACAUCAACAUCAACA